AUGUCCUCCCCAUCUCCACAACAAUCCCCUCUCCACAACGAUACAAUCACUCCCACCUAUCUAUACAAUGAAAUCCUGGAUAUGACAUCAUUGUGUCCCUGUCAAAACCCAAAACACACCUUUGCUUUGGUAGACCUUCGGUCGAGUGAAGCCUAUGAACAGAGCCAUUUGCUUACUGCCACGAAUGUUGAUAUCCAAGCCAUUCUGAAGCAAAUAGAUGAAGGCAUUACAGAAUGGGACGAAUUAUUAGAGAAGAAUCCAGGUCUCGAGGCUUUCCAGCAGAGCUUAUUCAAGAAAGCCAACUACUCGAAUCAAAUGUUUAUUGUCUAUGAUCAGACCUCAUCACUACAAGAAACCAUCGAUGCUUUCGCUAGAAAGAUCAUUCCUCUCUUUCCCAGAAGUAUUAUGAUUAAGAGUUUGAAAUCUCUCGAAGGAGGUUUCGAUGAAAUGGUUCGCAAGUACGGAAACGUUAUCUGUUCUGAUUUCGAGUAUCCAGAAACCAUCGAGAGAGAUUCCACUCUUCUACCAAAUGAAAUUGUUCCUGAUUUCCUCUUCUUGGGAGCGUACAUUCAUGCCUAUGUUCCAAAACUUUUAGAAUCCCUCAAAAUUAACAAGAUUGUGAACGUUACACCCGAACCACAUGAAGACCACAUACUGCAGACGUUUGGAAAUUAUCAAAUUCAAAUUGUGGAUCACCAAUCCAUGGAUAUUAAGCAGCACUUCUCGGAAGCAAUUGAGUUCAUUAAGGAAUGCAAAAAGAACGGGGAACGAGUAUUCAUUCACUGUCAAAAGGGUAUUUCCCGAUCGGCUUCUAUUGUUCUGGCAUAUCUUGUCGCUGCUGAAGGUCUUACGCUGCAGCAAGCUUACAAUCAUACAAAACAAGCACGUAAAUUUAUCAAGCCAAACAAGGGAUUUACGAAUCAAUUAGGCCAAUUUGAAAUGGAGCUGAACCCUUCCCUCACUAAACCAACCUAUCGAGAAGAAGCCUCAUCAUGCCUGGAGAGAUCUCGGAGAAGACAAGUGCUCUACUAA